GGGGCCGCGAAGGAGACGACGAGUCCAUGACGAUGUUCGACUGGGAGAUGGAAGACGUGAACGAAGACCUCUUCGGGAACCCGUACAACGCCCAGGAAGCCUUCGCCGCCAUGGACUUCCCCAUGUCUCCGCCAUCCGCCAAAGGCAUGAAGAACCUCAGCUUGGCACGAUACCACCUCCGGAACGAGCUCGAGAAGAAGCGCGCGCGUCGAUGCACGCUCGAGAUCUUCCAGGAGCAGUUUGCCGACUGCGCGCCCGAUGUGACGGACUCGACACUCCUGGCCAUGGAUGACGACGACAGGGACCUCAUGGUGCCAUUCCAGACUGCCAAGACGCGAAUUCCACGCCUGUCCCCGGCGGUCGCCCGUUACCCGAAAAAAGACGAUCGGACCAACGCGCCUCGACCACUUGCAAGCAAGCUGGUCCGACCCACACAGCUGGCAGCCGCAUCGUCGUUGCUACGACCAACGCAACUCGCAUCCUCAUCGAGUACCGCAAAGCGCCCGCGCGCCACGGAUCUCACGAUUCCGCGCAAGCGAUUCCAGACGGCGCCGCCAUCGCUGCCACCGACGCUGGCGCGGAACAAAAGCCGCAUUCCGCUGCGGCAGGUCACGUGAAGUACGUGCCCGUCCCGGUGUUUGUACGAUUAUUUAUGCUGAGAGCUCCAAGCCAUGCGGUGAGCGCCCUUCAAGUGCCCCAGGUCUUAACAAGAAUGAAUGGUUAAUCUUGUAUCGCAA